UGGCGUCAUUGGCGUUCAGAAUUUUAUACGUCUCGGUUAUGAAUCCCGAAAAUGGCGUCUAAAAAAUUAUUUUAAUGAGAGUGCUAGCGAAGUAGAAUUAUAAUUAUUAAUACUGUGAAUUUCAUUAAUAGAAUAUAGUAAAUAGGUGUGUUAGUAAUAUAAGUUUAUUAGAAUAGUUGUGGUAGUAAUAAGGUUAGGCAAUUUAAAUGUUUAGGUUGUCGUAUGUGGCGUGACUAUGACGCAGUUUUUACCUCCAAAUCUCCUCGCGUUAUUCGCGGCGAGGGAUCCUAUACCAUAUUUGCCGCCGGCAGCGAAACUCCCACACGAGAAAAAGCAGAAAGGCUACGAUGGUGUCGGCGCCUUUCUAAACGUCUUUGAGCAUCCGUCAGAGACUCCGCCCCCCACUCGUGUGGAGACGCGCGAGGAGCGCCUGGAGCGCCGGCGACGAGAACGAGCUGAACAGACCGCAUACAAGUUAGAACAGGAGAUAGCUUUGUGGGAUCCAACCACCAAUGCCAAGGCUACAGGGGAUCCAUUCAAAACUCUAUUUGUUGCCCGUGUUAAUUACGAUACCUCUGAAUCCAAGCUACGUAGAGAGUUUGAGGGCUAUGGACCAAUUAAAAAAAUCCACAUGGUUUACAGUAAGGAGAACGGUAAGCCACGCGGGUAUGCCUUCAUUGAGUACGAACAUGAGAGGGACAUGCACUCGGCUUACAAACACGCCGACGGCAAGAAGAUCGACGGGAAGCGGGUGUUGGUGGACGUGGAGAGGGCUAGGACGGUGAAGGGUUGGCUGCCGAGGAGACUGGGCGGGGGUCUAGGAGGGACGCGCCGAGGCGGAGCUGACGUGAACAUCAAGCACUCGGGGCGAGAAGACAACGAGCGGGAGAGGGAGAGAUACAGGCUGGAGCAGAGAGACAGAGACAGAGACGAGAGGAGGGACAGGGAGCGUGUCCGUCGCGGUCGCAGCCGUUCCAGGUCCCGCCGCCGAUCAGGCUCCAGACCGAGGAGGAGAGAGAGGGAGAGAGAAAAGAGAGAGGAAGAUGUGGACAGGACAAGGCGCAGGAGGUCCCGGUCACGUUCGGAGCGGCGGCGGGAACGACGGGACAGGGAUAAGGAUAGAGAAAAGGACAGGGACAAGGAUAGGGAUAAGAGGCGGAGGAGGGAUCGGGACAGGAAGGAGACGAAGAUCAAGCCCGAGGAUAUCAAGAUUAAGGAGGAGCCUCAGGACGACUAUCCCGAGUUCAGCCUGCCGCCCCUGGAUGUCCAGAUCAAGCAGGAGCCGGAAGACGAGAACAAGUAUAACCCAGAAGAUGCCAACGGUGAUGAUUAUAACUAUUGAGAGACGAACAUACAACACAAACAAGUCACUAGGCAGACUAGAAUAUAACAUUACUAGCAUAAUUUGGACUAAAUUGAAGAUUAUUCACUUAUAAUAUAUGCAUGUACUUAUGCGUUCAUGAGCAUAUGACAGUUUUGCAUGUGCAUACUUCUUGCAUAUGCCCAUAAACACCAAGAGCUUGUAAUGAGUCAUUAAUAUGCAGCCCCGGCUUGUGGGACCUAUAGUUGCAUUCGAAUUACAUCGAAAUCUAUCCAGCCAUUAUUUUAACCGACCAUGUCAUACCCCGUAGCAACUUAUAUUAUUAUGAAUGAAAAAUCUUCUUAAACAAAACGAGUUGUUCUUGAACGAUGAAGUCCACCCGAGGACUUGACCGAGCAUUACAAGCAGCAAUAAGUUGAUUCUUCACGUAACAGACUGUGUCAUGCAAUAUUUUAAUAUUAAUAAAUUUUUAAGGGAU